GCCCUCCAUACUUCUAGCACAUUUCACGCCUGAAGUCACAGUGAUUGUCGCUGAGUUUUUUCAGAAUUACAGACAACACAGGAAAUGAACACUUAGGGGUUUGCUUCACAGAACAGUGCACUGGUGAAAGAGUCUUCCUUUUGAUACUGCAGGGUACAAACUGUAUGAAAGCAUCUUCAUAACUGAAUAACUUUCAGCUGAAAGCAAGAUGAUGGAUGAUUUCUCUCGCUGUGAGAAGUUCCAAAUGUCCCUGCUGCCCUCUGUGUUUGGGGUCGAGUUCAUCGUUGCCCUGGCAGGAAAUGCGUUUGCCCUGUGGCUGCUGGUGGUCAGGGAGAGAAGAAACUGGCACACCGGCGUCGUCCUGUCUUGUAACCUGGCCGUCAGUGACCUGCUCUACGUCAUGACCCUGCCUCUGCUGAUCACCUACUAUUCAAUGGAGAAACAUUGGGUGUUUGGAGAGGCUGCGUGUAAAAUCGAGAGGUUCCUUUUCACCUGCAACCUGUACGUGAGCAUCUUCUUCAUCAUGGCAAUAAGCGUGAACCGAUGCGUCGCCCUGGUGUGUCCCUUCUUCACCCGGUCCCACGUGGAGCCUGUGCACAUCAAGGCCAUCAGCGUCAUCAUCUGGACGAUUGUAGGAGCCAUUUCCUGCCCUGCGUUGAAAUUUGCCACAGUUUGUGAGAACCUCAAUAAGACUCAGUGUGUGUCCUACUAUGAAAAGAAUGGGGAUGCAAACAGUCACUUCUAUUACAAAGUGUUUCUGGCUGUGUUUGGGUGUCUCAUUCCCUUUCUGGUCACUUUCACUUCUUACUGUGUGGUGAUUUGGGUGGUUUAUAAAAAUGUCAGUCUGACCACACUGGAGAAACGCAAGGUAGCUCUGCUGGUUGUGUCAAUGCUCGUGCUGUAUGCUGUUUCCUUUGUGCCUUACCAUUUCUUUCAGCUCUAUCACUUCUAUCUGAGAAUCCAAAACACAGUCAUCUGUUGGGUCUAUAACAUGUACCAAGUGUCCAAGGGACUGGCAGUUCUGAAUAUGUGCAUCCACCCAAUCCUUUACAUGGCUUUGUUUGACAGUAUAAGAGUUGCUUGUUGUGGGAAGAGUGCAGAGGACAACAGUGUUGCAGUAAUGAGGAAGUAGAGCUGCUGUACGAGAAGCACAUCCUUAUUUCAUGUUGAAAACUCUUGAUUCUACACAGAAAUUCUUUCUACAGGAGAUCUUGCUGUAAGUCUUGACCUGUUUUUCUAACUGCCAAAAGUUACUGUUCUGUAUUAUUAACUUUAAUACAUAAUCUUUUUUUAUAAUAAAACUUUUUGAAUUUGAA